UAAGCCUACCAAUUCGUCCAGCUACUACUACUCGGAGAGUUGGAGUCGACCCAAAAACCCACCGGAAAAGCCAUGAAGAAGACUAGUGCUCAAGUAAUCUUCACUUUCGACGACGCCACGGCCACCGCCAUCAUUGACGGCCUUCAACCAACCUCCGCGUCUACUCUCACAAUACUAAAAGAGUCAUUGGAUGUUUCACUAGAAACAUAUGGAAUUAAAGAUAUCAAAGCUUCUGCAAUGAUCACUCAUUUUAUUGAUGAUGCCACUUCAAUUCCUCAAGUGUCCAUUUUGGUUUUACAAAAGUAUGAGUCUCCCGUGCUGGCUUGUGCCGUCAAUGAAGUAUUGUCAUCGUUAGCAGGGGAAGGCAUGCCUACAUUGAUCAUUCCGUUUGUUUUAGAAGCGUCAAAGCUUAAGCUGGAAAGGAAUACCUCAGUGGUUGAGAAUAUUUAUGGCAUCCAAAUAGGUCCACAAACUGAUGUCACACAAGUCUUGGCCAGCAGGCAUGAAAAAGCACCCCCAACGAUGCAGAUUCAUCAUGAACCACUGGCUUGUGUUCUUCAAUUGGUCCGUGCACUGAAGAUACCCGCAUUUAUUCUCAUUGGUCAAAUUGGCCAACAUAAAAUUGCGACAGAUGAUGUUGAGGUAAUAUGUAAGAUUGGAGAAACAUUGGCUAGUGCCUCAUCCCUGCAGUUUGUUAAAGAAAAAGUCACAUGGAACUCGACCAAGACUUCAAAAGAACAGGAGAAAGAGCCAUGGCGUGCACUAUAUGGUUGAAAUCAGGUCACUGAGAUGUUCAUGCGCAAUUACAUUGCAUAUACUCUCCAGUGUUGUAUGCUUGCUAUCGUUAUUAUAGUAAAAAGUUCAGCAACACCCUGUUUUCUUCUAUUUGGUGAUCACCAGGAAUUAUGAUUUCUACUUUCUUUUUUUCCUUUUGUGUGAGUAGAGCUGAAAGUUGCACAUAUUUCUGUGCGAGAGAACAUUGUAUCACACUUAUCAAUGUCAGUUUCCAUGUGCCUAAAUUCACACCAUUUGUGCCGAAAGUGCUAUCUAUUGAGUUCAUCGAAUUGUCGGUUCUUA